CCCUCAUCAAAAAAAAAACAAAACCCCAGUGGGGUUGAACCCAUCACACACCCACCCACCCACACGCACAGCAUAUCUAUAUAUAUGAUAUAUAAGCCAAGCAACAGAUCAAUCAAUCAACAAAAUUGUUAUUAAAUUAUUUAAUAAGUGUUUUAGUUGUGUGACUGUGAACUACUGUGCCGUCGUGUUUGAACAGUAUCGACAACAUCGAGGAAUAGUAGAUAAUAAUAAUAAUGUCGACAACAUUGGAUAGAAAGAGGACAACAACAACAACACCGACACCCGGGUUGCGUACGACUAAACAACAACGACAGCCGGGAAUGUCAGCCAAACAAUUACAUCCAGACAUUAGUAGACAACACCAACAAAAACAGCCUAAAACCAAGUGCUGGUGCUGUCGACGACUCCUAGCCUUCCUGUUCUCACAUAUAGGACUCGGUUGUCUAGUGUUUGCUUAUAGUCUAAUCGGAGCCUUUAUUUUUCGGCACUUUGAAGAGCCGUACGAACGGGAAAAAUCAUCGGAAGUGCUGUCCAUACGCAACAUAACUGUCCACAAUCUAUGGACAGAAACAUUAAAACUGAAUGUCUUAUACAAAGACAACUGGACAUCGAUGGCUUCAAAAGAAAUUGAAAAAUUUCAACAAAAUCUCAUACAAGCCGUCAAAGAUGGCUACGAUGGCAGCGGUGGUGACAAACAAAUGGAUAGUAGUAGUGGUAGACAUAAUAAUAAUAAUAAUAGACAUCAUCAGUGGUCACUAUCUGGCUCAUGGAUGUACAGUCUGACUGUUAUUAGUACGAUAGGUCACGGCAAUAGGCCGCGUACUGCCGAAGGCAAACUGGCCACUAUUGCCUACGCUAUUGUCGGCAUACCAUUAAUGUUGGUAUUUUUGGCCAACAUUGGCAAACUGUUGGCCACUAGCCUAAAAUCACUGUACAGUUAUUGCUGUAAUUGCUCAAGUAGUGAGUCGGCAGCGGCCGCGGCCGCAGCUGCCGGUGCCAGUGGUGGURCUGGCCUAUUGGGUAACGGCGGCGGUGACCAUCACGCCCAUCAUCACCUACACGAUCACUAUCACGUUCAUCAUAUUGCCCUCAACGAUGUUAGUCCCGGUGGUGGUGUAGGAGGMGGYGUCGGUGGCGGUGGCGGAAACGGUGGUCAUCUAAUUCAUUGUAACUCUACGGGCGGUGGUGGAGGCGGCGGAGUCGGUGACCCCUAUCGACAGGCAAAAUGCUACACAACGUGCAACUCUAACUCCAGGGGUGGUGGUGUCGGUGAUCAUUACGGUUUGGGCACCGGCGGUAUGGAAGCCGAAACUAAAAUAUGUACGGCCGGUGUMGUCGAUUUGGCCGAUCAUCAGCAUCAUCAGUGUACCGGUGCUGGUGGUGUUGGUGGCGGUACMCUAAAUCGGUCUAACCAUCACUCACACCAUUCAAUACUACGUAACGCUACACCMGUGUCCACUACCAUUGGCGGCGGCGGUAUCCACGACACUAACACUCUCGACCUGAUGAACGGUGUCCACAGUCUGGACGAUCAUCGACUUCACCGCUAUAAUGACGACCACCAUCACCACCAUCUYCAUCAUCGUCGUCACCAUCCGGACAGUGAUGACGACGACGAUAGCGAGGACAGGGGUGGUGCCGGCGGCGGAGACGUAACUGUGCCCAUCAUACUCUGUCUAUUGCUAAUUGUCGGCUAUGUCCUAUUGGGCGCCUCCAUGUUCUAUGCCUGGGAAGGCUGGACAUUGGUCGACGGCUCAUACGUUUCGUUUUGUUUGCUCAGUACCAUCGGUUUCGGUGACUUAAUGUCCGGCCAUUCAGUUGUAUUAUUGAACGGUAAAGACAGUGGUGGUGGCGGUGGCGGAGGGGUAGSCACUGKUAGCUCAUCAUCUCAAAAGCGGCUCAUUAUUAUCAGUGCUUACAUUAUAGGAGGAAUGGCUUUAAUAGCUAUGAGCUUUAAUUUAGUUCACCAGCAAGUGGUGCACAAAAUGAAAAGAUGCGGCAAAAAGUUGGGCAUAUUUUCCGAUUAUUCAGACCAAGAGAUUGAUCUAUCGUUGACUAACGAGACAAACGACGAAGAUUUUGAUGUCUAA